AUGCUACCGUUCGCUCCUCAGGACGAGCCCUGGGACCGAGGCAUGGAACUGUUUGGCAGCGUCAGCAGCGCGAGCAGAAGCGAGGUAAAUGGUCUUAAAAUGGUUGAUGAACCAAUGGAAGAAGGAGAAGCAGAUUCUUGCCAUGUUUUUCUAGUUAGGAAGAAGACUGGUCCUGAUGCUGGGCAGCUCUAUGCAAUGAAGGUGUUGAAGAAAGCAUCUUUAAAAGCCUUUCAGACUGAAGGGAAGUUAUAUUUAAUAUUGGAUUUUCUCAGGGGAGGAGAUGUCUUCACAAGAUUAUCUAAAGAGGUUCUGUUUACAGAGGAAGAUGUGAAAUUCUACCUCGCAGAACUGGCCCUAGCUUUGGAUCAUCUGCACCAAUUAGGAAUUGUAUAUAGAGACCUGAAGCCAGAAAAGAAACCUCCAAACUUUCCCCAAGUUUCCAAAGUACCAUUUAUAUUCCCACCAGCAAUGUAUGAGACCUCUCGUUGCUCAGCGUCCUUGCCAAUAUGGUUCAGUUUAUCAAAUUUUUCCUUUUAUGUAUUUUAUGCUUUUGAUGCUGUAUCUAAUAAAUCUUUGCCAGAUGAAGAUUUUGGACUCAGCAAGGAGUCAGUAGAUCAAGAAAAGAAGGCUUACUCAUUUUGUGGUACAGUAGAGUACAUGGCUCCUGAAGUAGUGAAUAGGAGAGGCCAUUCCCAGAGUGCUGAUUGGUGGUCAUUUGGUGUACUUAUGUUUGAAAUGCUUACUGGUACUCUGCCAUUUCAAGGCAAAGACAGGAAUGAAACCAUGAAUAUGAUACUGAAAGCAAAACUUGGAAUGCCUCAGUUUCUUAGUGCUGAAGCACAAAGUCUUCUAAGGAUGUUAUUCAAAAGGAAUCCAGCAAAUAGAUUGGGUUCAAAAGGAGUUGAGGAAAUCAAGCGACAUCUUUUCUUUGCAAAUAUCGACUGGAAUAUCAUUGACAAAAGUAAGAGAGAUCCUUCAGAAGAAAUUGAAAUUUUGAUGCGAUAUGGACAACAUCCCAACAUUAUCACUUUGAAGGAUGUCUAUGACGAUGGUAGAUAUGUUUACCUUGUUACGGAUUUGAUGAAGGGAGGAGAGCUGCUUGACCGUAUCCUCAAACAAAAAUGUUUCUCGGAACGAGAGGCUGCUGAUGUACUGUAUGUUAUAACUAAAACAGUUGACUAUCUUCAUUGUCAAGGAGUUGUCCAUCGUGAUCUUAAACCUAGUAAUAUCUUAUACAUGGAUGAAUCAGCCAAUGCAGAAUCCAUAAGGAUCUGUGAUUUUGGGUUUGCAAAACAACUUCGAGGAGAAAAUGGACUUCUCUUAACUCCAUGCUACACUGCAAACUUUGUAGCACCAGAGGUUCUUAUGCAACAGGGAUAUGACGCUGCUUGUGAUAUUUGGAGUCUGGGAGUCCUUUUUUACACUAUGCUGGCUGGCUAUACUCCGUUUGCUAAUGGCCCCAAUGAUACUCCUGAAGAGAUACUACUACGUAUAGGUAAUGGAAAAUUCUCUUUGAGUGGUGGAAACUGGGACAAUAUUUCAGAUGGAGCAAAG